AUGUCCUUCUCGCUCACCGGCUCGGGCCCCUCGAGGCAAGUCCUCCGUCGCGGCCUCGCUACUGCCGCUGCCCCUGCGUCCACCUCGCAGCUCACCGCUUCGCUCCUUCUCUCCCGCGCGCCCCUCCUCACACGCACCCCUUCCCCUCUGGCCCAGGCCUACUACGACCGCUCGCUCAAGAUCCGCCAUGCUCUGAGCAACCCUACCGCGACCAACUUUUACUUCAAGCCCGGAUCGCUUCCUCUCCGUCGUUUCCAGGAGGCCGAGUACGCCAAGGAGGUCGAAUACUACGGUGCCAAGCUGGUGGGCAAGGCGCCCGACGUCGGCGAUGUGCAGCCUGAGCCCGAGCUUGUGGAGACGGCGCGCGACCACUGGGCCAAGGCCGACGAGGCACGCGGCGAGACCUCGCUCGAGAGGUGUCCCGAGGAGGAGCUCUUCUGCCUCAUCGAGAGCAAGGGCAAGUGGACCUUCCCCUCCACCGAGGUCAAGGCCGGCGAGGGUCUCGACGAGGCCGUUACCGCACGCAUCACUGGCGUUGACGGCGCGCUCCAGGGCAAGUCCCUCGACACUUGGCUUGUCACUCGCAAGCCCAUCGGUGUCGUCCGUGACGGCGAGAAGAGGAACUUCUUCCUCCGUUCGCACAUUCUCGGUGGCGAGCCCAAGCUCUCGAAGGAGGCCGGCUGGUCGAAGCACGCGUGGCUGACUGCCGAGGAGGUUGAGGCCCGUCUGCGGAAACAGGGCGACGACAAGGUCUGGGACAACGUCAAGGCCAUGUUCGGUUGCACGACAGUUGCACGAGGCGAGGCGCCGGAGCACCCCGGCGCCUGGAAGGACCGACAGAGAUCGGACCUAGUGACCUUUACCUCUGCGAGAGGGAGGCUCAAUGCUCGGAUAGAGGCGGCAUAUGCAUAUCUCACCCCUGGUACAAGAGGAAUCGGUUACAUUGGAUAUAGAAGGCGUCUAGAGUCUAGUGAAUGUGGUAGUGAAUGUGGUACCGCUCGUCCAGCGAACGUGCUCGUCCAGCGAAGGUACUGGUCCAGCGAGGCGCAGCAAUGCAAAAGGGCUUGGGGCGGUGGUGCGCAGCGAUGGUCACCUGUCCGGCUUGUACUCGACCUCAAAGUAGUUGGCAGUACGGUAGAAGAAGACGUGCAGUGGGCGAGCGUGUCCACGUACUUCUGGGACAGUCUCGGUCACCACGAGGAAUAUGGUGGCCAUGAGGAAGAAGACGAUAAUCGCAACGGCGCCGGCACGACGCACGGCCACAGCUAG